AUGUCAGCGGGGGGAGCAAUUGGGCUGGAGCCAAACAGGGUAUACAUGACCGUUGAUGGGCGGAACGAUGUUUUAUGCGCUUUAAUAUCGUCGUACUAUUCAGUUAGAGAAGUACACGAUACAGUGCGAACUGUAGCUAAUAUCCCAGCUACACCCAAAGUAGUAGUCAAGUUAUAUACAGAUGCUGGUGUAUUACUUCCUAUUGGACCUCAUCUCCGACCCAAUAGUGCUAUUCACCCAUAUAGGCUUGUUAGUAGCUCAGUCAGGGAUCUCGGGAUACCAAAACCCUCCGAGACUGCUCAAAAUCUUUUAGAGUCAGUCAAGGUAGUGCAGACAAUUUCAGAUGAUGUCGAUGAUAUGAAGGAUAAUAUCGCUGCUGUAAAGUUUAAAGUAGAGCAAAUUGAAAGAUACUCCGACUUGCAUACAAAAGAGAAAUCGCUUGCAAAACCUGCAACACGAAGAGUCGCUCGAGUUUUGCAAAGCAUGCAACUUCCAAUCAAACUGACAACAUCGACAAUUUCAAAAGAAGUGUAUGAACAAAUGAAGCUACCCACGUUUGAUAUAUGGAUUUUCAAAGAAGAAGAGCUCAUCGAUCUUAUGGCCCAUAUGUUUACCGAGUUUGGAUUGAUCUCGACAUUUCAGAUCAAUGAACAGCAGCUUUUUACAUUUCUCAAUGUCAUCAAAAACACUUACAAUCAUAAUCCGUUUCAUAACUUCCAGCACUGUUUUUGCGUAACUCAAAUGAUGUAUGCGCUACUUCACGUUACAUCAGUGCACAAAAAGUUUACACAGAUUGAAAAGCUUUCUUUGAUUGUUGCUGCAAUUGGGCACGAUUUGGAUCAUCCUGGGUUCAACAAUGCUUAUCAGGUCAAUGCAUGUACUGAGCUUGCAACAACUUACAAUGAUAGUUCCCCGUUAGAGAAUCACCAUGCCGGUUAUAAUGUUUCCGCUUCGGAUUACAAGGAAGCAAGAAAGAUUAUAAUCCAAUGCAUUCUUGCAACAGAUAUGGCUAAACAUGGAGAAAUAUUGUCCAAAUUUAAAGGGUAUGCAGAGAAUUUUUCAUACGAUGAUGGAAACCAUCGUCAAGCACUUUUUCAAAUGCUGAUGAAAUGCUCAGAUAUCAGUAACGAAGUGCGUCCAAAGCAUAUUUCUGAGCCAUGGGUUGAUAAUCUCCUGGAAGAGUUUUUUGCUCAGUCUGACAAGGAAAAGCUCGAGGGGCUUCCAACAGCACCGUUCAUGGACCGUGACAAGGUUACCAAACCUAGUGCUCAAGUUGGAUUCAUUGGGUUUGUGAUGAUUCCAUUGUUUGAGCUUGCUAGCAAAGUUUUGCCCAAUAUGGAGGAACCGAUUAUUCAUCCCAUUCGAAAGGCACUCGAGUUUUACAAGAACUCACUCAAGCCAAAUAACUGA